UACAAAUUGCACCUAUGUCUUUGGCACCAAUGCAAAAUGCUUGUUGUUGUUUUUAUAACUUAUUGAACAAUCUGUUAGUGAAACACGAAAAAGAUAUAACAGAGAGAUUAUAUACAGUUAUGAAGUGCAUUGUAGUUUUUAUUUGCAUUAUUAUUGGAGUAAAAUCAUGGGAAAUAGAAAUCAACGGACCUUCAAGUGUCCAACUGGGAAAUACAUUGUCUUUAACUUGCAAAGCAACACAUUUGGAAUCUCCGCCAAAGACGGUUGUGUGGCAUAAAGGUUAUACGAAAGUGGAGUCUGAUAACAGAACAAUUAUUACUAUAAUUCUCUCCCCAAAUACGAUAACGAGUAAAUUGACCAUAAAUCACGUGCAGCCAGAAGAUGCUGGAAAAUACAAAUGUUGGGUAUCGAACGAGAUCAUACGGCAUUUUACCGUGGCCGUCGUGGAUAGGACAUCAGCAGGUUGCAAGUCAUUACACUACUCAUCGGAAAUACAGACAUUUGCUGUUAUAAUGCUUGUAUUGUGUUUUUUGUAACAUGCUUGAUAUUGUGUAAAAAAAAGUAUAAUUUAUUUAUGCAAGUUGAUGUGAACUUUCAUUUUAAACAACUCGGCUAUUAAUCACAAUAGUACCUAUCCGAAGACUGGCGGAAAUGACCGAGAAGGUGCGAUUGUGUUUCCUGUGCUUAUGUUCGUAUUAAGCUAUUGGAGAUGACUUUCACUACUUAGUA